CCCUCGUCAGUGCCCUAAGCCCUAUACCCUAACCGGAUACGGGGGAAUCCUAUAUUAAAUGGAACUAGGCUUGUGUAACUAUAAAUUUUAAUUUAGAAAAUUUCAAAGUUCUGUGAUGAGAAACUCAUGAGUUUGACAGAUAGCUUUGUUGCUUUAUUAUCCAGAUGUGCUAAUCUAUCACUUUGGGUGUCCACCAUCAGGGCAAGUAUACGCGUCACGAUGCAAAAUGAUUUAUUAAUGACUCACAUGGGUAUACAUGGAUAUGCUGCUGAUCGCAUUCGCAACAUUAUUAUGAGUCAUGUUCAUUGUUGUCAUCAACCGCCUAUAAUGUUGGUUCAGCAUGGGACAAGUGUAUAGGGAAUCCUCCAGGUCUCGGCUUCUUGGAAUUGAUCUUCGGUAUGUAAAGAAUAAGUUUCAUUAAUUGACGAUUAGAUGUGUCAAAUUCUCAUUGUAGCUGAGUCGUAAAAGCGAAACUUUGAGGAAGGCUCGGAUGGCGACAAAUCCUACGACGUCAUAGGGUGAGGGUAGUUUACAUAUCGUGUGCUUAGCCCAGCUGCUAUCUUGUUGGCUCAUUGCAUAUAGAUCCGAGUAUAUAAAGCCAUCUUCUGUCCUAGGAAAGGGCACAUUUUCUUUCAUUGGCAUAUAUGGAC